GCACCUUUACAUUAUCGAAGCUAUUUCUUUUACUUUCUCUUCGUUUAGAGACUGCAAAUAUGAAGUCAUGGUUAAAUGCCCUGGCACUGACUUCAGGUUUGGUCCAUCUAACAGCUGCUAUUGCCCCUUCUCCCACUAGGUGGGCAUCUGAGUGUACAACCGUUGGAAAAACCAUCUAUUGUUAUGGCGGUAUCUUCACAACUCCUGCUCAAAACUUCCCUCAGUCCGAUACCUGGUCGAUCGAUGUCUCUACAGAUUUUUCAAUCAACUCUGCGUCUUGGACGAACGUCACCCACAACGGCGACUUUGCAACCACCGCCUGUGGUUUUGAAGCCAUGGUACCUCUGAAAGAUGGCGUAUCAUUCCUUGUCAACGGUGGUAUGAGCGUCCCAUUCAACCAAAGUGAAGUCAACCAAACGACGAUUUUCAAUACAGUCACCAAAACAUGGACGACCGUCAACAGCUCCGGUAUCGCUCAAGCCCGCCAGCAUACGGCCGCCAUCGAUGGAAACGGCCGAGUUUGGCUUUGGGGUGGUGUGAGCGAUUACCAAACUGGAUAUACUAACGAGUCUUAUUGGGGUGCUUUUACCACGCUGGAUCCCGGAACUGGGCUGUGGACUGGCACCUCCGGAUCCGCCGGCAAUGCUGAUGCCCGGGUUGGACAUACUAUGACUAUGACCUCGAGUGGCGUUAUUCAUAUCGUUGGUGGCCUAGUGGCGACAAGACUCACCACUUUGGAUUCUACUGGCCGUUCUCAAUGGAGUCUAAGUGCUGCUUCCAUGAGCGACGUUCCUCAGUAUAAUACUAAUAAUGGAGAAUGGAACCUAGUAACGGCUUCUGGCUCCAUUCCACCAUCGCGAAAUCUCCAUACUGCUACCCUUGCUGCCGAUGGAAACACCAUCAUUGUAUUUGGAGGCUCUGUAGCCAAUAAUCUUAGUAGUGUGAUGGGCGACCUGUACAUCUAUGAUACUACUAAAACUUACUGGACCGCUGUAAACGCCAACGGUGGCCCAAGUCCUCGAGCCGGUCACAGUGCCGUCCAAGUGAGCACCACUAUGUUUGUCAUGUUUGGUUAUGAUUAUACUCUUGGAUCUUUGUCAGACAUUCACGCCUUAGACACUGUGAACUGGAGAUGGGUUACGCAAUUUAGUGCUACAGGCUAUCCAACUUUAGGAUCUGGCACCAAUGGCACUAAUACAACUACUUCCAAUUCAGGAGGUACUACUAGUACCUCUAGCGGACUCGGUACUGGAGCCAUUGCUGGUAUUGCAGUUGGUGCUGCUGCCGUCGUUAUUGGUGCUGCUGGCCUUAUUUUCUUGCGCCUUCGACGUAAGAAGAAUGGUAGACCUGCUUACGCGCAAGCUGCUACUGGAAACUUUUCACAGCAACCUCCCAUGCAAAACAGACCAAUGCCUCCGCUUCACCAGCUUUCUGGUCAGCCUGAGGAAAUCCUGUUUAAUAACGCAAGUCAAUCCGAAAGCAAGGGCUCAUUCUAUGGCCAAAGUCCCGCUCAACAACAAUUCGGCUCGCAUGGACUUCCUAGUACCACUGGUACUGAACCCACCGACGCCACUCCACCUUACACCUUGGGUGCCUCCCAACCUCCUCACACCUAUGGAAAUACCUUCACUAGUAAACCUGAUGCUGUAGAUGUUCCUCAUUUUACCCUCCAACCAAGCAAGCCUAAUGAGGAUGACUAAAGAUUUUGAUCUGCUUGAUGCUGUAUGUCUUUGCCUCUACGCUUCCCUUCUCCAAUCAUACUUUUCUUUGUUCAUACUAUAUCUGCUAGUUAUAUAGCCCACCCACUGUCACUAAAUGCAAAUAAACUGUGUACAACAUACUUGUCU